AGGCAACAUCUCUCAUAAACCGCCACGUCUCCAUGACUCUACAAUACCAACCGCUCUCCGCCCCAUCUCUCCAUUAUUCUUCUUUUUCCAGUUUCAUCAGUCUCGCGUUUAAGAUUAGUUUCCUUCCUAUGGUAAGAAGAAAAUAGAAAGAGAGAGACAUGGAUGAGAGAAGAGCGCUGCUGAUGGUGGUGUUAUGGCUUGCGGUGUCGGUGGAGGUGCGUUGGUGUUUGGAAAAUGUGAAGGAGAAAGCGGACUUGGCGGCAGGGAAGGUGAAGUUGAAGGUGGAGGAGGCCAAACAAACUGCAGAAGAAGCCGUGCAAGAUGCCAAGGACAAGGGGGGCUCCUGGGCGGAUUGGGCUUACGAAAAGUUCACCGAGGGAUUUGGAGCUAAACAGGAGAACGUAAAAGAAGGGGCUCAGAAUAUGGUGGAUAAAGCUGGGGAUGCUGCUUCAAAGGCCACAGAAACUAUGAAUUCUGCUGCAUCUGAAGCAUCACGGUAUGCUACUGAGAAGGCUGGGGAGGCUGCCAACUUAGCUUCUGAAAAAGCAGGCGAUGCCAAGAACUUUGCUUCCGAGAAGGCGGAGCAAGUAAUAAGAAUGACUUCAGACAAGGCUGCUGAUGCCAAGGGUGCAAUGGCUGGAGCAAUGUCACAUGGAAAAGAUGGAGCAGCUAAUGUCUAUGAUGGAGCCAAAGAAACAGUAGCAGGAGCAAUGGAGUAUGGAAAAGAUGGAGCAGCAAAUAUCUAUGAUGGAGCCAAAGAAAAGACGGCCGGAGCAAUGGAGUAUGGAAAAAAGGGAGCAGAAAAUAUGUAUGAUGGAGCCAAAGAGAAAGUGGCAGGAGCAAUGGAAUAUGGGAAAGAUGGAGCAGGAAAUAUCUACGAUGGAGCCAAAGAGAAAGUGGCAGGAGCAAUGCAGUAUGGGAAAGAUGGAGCAGGAAAUAUCUACGAUGGAGCCAAAGGAAAAAUGGGAGGAGCAGUGGAACAUGGAAAAGAUGGAGCGGCAAAUGUCUAUGAUGGAGCCAAAGAGAAGAUGAACAUGGCUGCAGAUGCAGUUUCAGAUAAGGCUAGUGAUGUCAAAGAGACAGUGGAAGGAGCAAUGGGGCAUGGAAAAGAUAAAGUGGCCGAUGCUUAUGACCAAGCUAAACAGAAGGUGAGCGACACAUACACCUCGGCCAAGGAAACCGUAACCGAGCAGGCCAAAUCCAACUAUGAAGCUGCCAAGGAGAAGGCUUCCCAAGCUGCGGGUGAUCUUGGAGCUAAGAUCAAAACUGAACGUGCAGAGCUAUGAGCAACUAAUGAGGCUUGACCAGAUUCACCACCACCUUCCAUGCUUAUCUUCAUAAAGCCAUCUGUGAGUCGCUGUUAUAUAUAUAAUUAGCAUGUUCCCCCUUAUGUUUUUCUUAAUAUAUUUGUGUUCUCUUUGAAAAUUUUCACAGGAUUUGGAACCCUAUUUCAGCAAUUUCUUUAUGUCUUCCUCCUA